AUGAUAUUUUUUUCCACUUGUUCGAUAUUAUCGUUUUUAGCUAUGCUAGCCCAUGGAGGCAAACUACCCGACCCUGAAGUCAAAAUUGAAGUUCUGCAUAAACCUCUCCUGUGUCAACGCAAGACAAAAUAUGGAGAUAUGCUUCUUGUUCAUUACGAGGGAUACUUGGAGAGCAAUGGCACCAUGUUUCACUCAAGCCGCAUUGAAGGUGAUAAAAACCCAGUGUGGUUCACCCUCGGAACCAAAGAAGUGAUCCUGGGCUGGGAUAAGGGUUUGCAGAAGAUGUGCACAGGAGAACGGCGGAAACUGACUGUCCCUGCUGCUCUGGCCUAUGGGAAAGAAGGCAAAGGCAAGAUCCCUCCGAGCAGCACCCUGCUUUUUGACAUUGAGCUCAUCGAUAUCCGCAAUGGACCAAGGUCGCAUGAUUCCUUUAGGGAGAUGGAUCUUGACGAUGACUGGAAGCUGUCUAAGCAGGAGGUGAAAAUGUAUCUGCAGAAGGAGUUUGAGAAACACGGCUACAGCCCAAACGACACACACAAUGAAGCGAUGGUGGAGGAUAUCUUCAAAAAUGAGGACGAGGAUAAAGACGGUUUCAUUUCAGCCAGAGAAUUCACUUAUCAACACGAUGAACUGUGA